GCGAGGUGGAUCACCACGAUCACCACGGCGACGAGAAAUACUACAAGCAAAAUAUCAGCUGUAGUGAGGGCUGAGUAUCUUUGUGGCACCUAGAUGGCGAUGUCCUUUUUCAAUUUGACGCGUUUGGGUGUACAAGAUGCAAUCAAGACUGCUGUUACUAGACCAGGAAUAGAACCAGCACCUAGCGGGCAGCAGGGAACUGCGUCUAGCAGUGGGGCUAAGAGUACGACGCUUAGCGAGCCGGUUUACCCGAACUCGGAAGCAAACGGGUCCUACGUGAAGUACACUGAACGACUAAACAAACACAUCCGGCCAAAACUCGGACCAAAUGAAAUUUACCACACUCAAAUAACCACAAAUAUAAACUACAGUGACUGGAUGAAGGAUGGGGUACAGAGUGAAACAUGGACCCAAAAUGAACAUCACCCCAGAGUGAAUAGUGAAAUGACAAGAUUUGUUGAUGAGAUGACACUUACAAAUAGAGAGUUUACUUUAUUUUAGAUACAUAUCUCACAACUUUUGUAAGUUACUACCCCAACCAUUAUUUCUAUAGUGUCUAUUGCAAAGUUACGUUAGCCAAAUGUUAAGCAAGUACCAGUUCUGUGCUUCAUCCUCAAUUUAUUUGCUUCUGACUCACAUCAAUUUGUUAGCAAAUGUCAAAGCCUCAACAUGAUUUACUGUCUCUGAGAGUAAGACGGCAAUAAUAGGGUUAAAAUUUGCUACAGGCACAUUAUUAUUUUGAAAUAAAAGACUGUUUCAGUGGA